AUGGCCUACUUGAUGAGUGUCAAACUCUCUGCCACCGAGCUUGAAGAGCGCCGUCGUCAGCUCAAUGGUGUUGGGUUCCGUGCCUGGCUCUCCCCAAUCGUCCUCUUGGUCGUCGUCUACCUCUAUCGACGCUACUUUCAUCCAUUGCUCUUCCCGUCGACAUCAGCGCUGUCAUCAUCUGGCUCUCGGCAGGCGUCGCGAGUGCAGCUUUACCUUCGACGUGCUGUGUGGACCCUGCAGACGACAUAUAUACCUGAAUUUGGCCCCCUCUCUGUUCAACUGCUUGGCUUGAUAUAUGCGGCAUGGCUGCUUUAUCUCACCUUUCACAACACGGGAAACGACUACAUGCACCUAACCAAGGCGUUUGGCCACGUGGCAGUCUCUCAACUCCCGAUGCAUUACCUCUUGUCCCUCAAACAUACCACUUAUUCACCCAUCAUGUUGACCACGGGACUGACCCACGAACGCCUCAACGCCAUUCACCGUAUGUUCGGACGCAUAGUCCAUGUCUUUCUGGCCGCACAUGCCGUGCUCUACCUCAGAUUCUUCGUCGCAAUGGGCUUUCUGCCGAAGCGGAUAAAGGACCCCGACGUCCGGUUGGGCGUCCUGGCGUUUUGGAUGUUCAAUUUCCUGGGGUUGCUGAGUGUCCCCGUCGUGAGGAGGAACAUGUACCAUGUCUUGUUCUAUAGAAGCCAUGUGGUGUUGAGCGCCCUUGUGAUUCCGGUCUUGUGGGCGCACGUGCCCUAUACGCGCUUCUACGUGGCGCAAGUUGCGGCAAUUUGGAUUCUUAGCGGGUGGUUGAGGAGGGUCAAUGGGGCGACGAAUGUGCGAGAGGUGAGAUGUGAGGAUAUAGCUGGCACGCAACUUGUGCGAGUGACGCUUCUUGUGGACAAGGCUAGUGCAUUGGCGCGUGCGGUUCCUGGGCAGCACGUCUACGUUCGUCAGCGGAGGGGUAUGAUCGGUCCGAAGACGCCGUUUACGAUUGCGAACGUGCAGUCCUCGGCCAGAGGCGAGAAGGAGGCGCAGCUGGUAGAGGUGAUAGUCGUGUUCCGGAACAUGGGUGGUCCUGGCACUUCCUUUCUCGCAUCCCUUUCUAAGCGGGAGGCGGCGACGAAUGAAGUCCAGAUCGAAGGACCCUAUGGCGAAGCCAGCGUGUACAUGCCCGAGAUCCUCGACUCUGGUCUCGACAACGAUUCGGUCCUUCUCGUGGCUGGUGGGAUAGGCGCCACGUACAUCUUGCCGAUAUACACGGCUCUGUUGCAGUCACGACGGCGUCGUCGACGUCGAGCAGAUGGAACACGGGGAGGGGAAGCAGAAGAACGCAUCAAAAUGGUGUGGCUGGUCAAAUCCCUCGCCGAUGCACAAUGGGGCAUUGAGCUGCUCGUGCGGUGUCUUGCAGAGGAAAUCUCGCUCGAUGUGGACGUUUACAUCACGACCGUUUCUUCAUCCUCGUUGUCUCCCGAAGGACUCGAUCUGUCCAGUGCCUCCUCUCUGGCCUCGCUGAAGAAACGAGGUCUCAAAAUCCACCAGCUCGGCCACCGUCCGGCUCUUGACCCCGUUGUCGACGACAUCUUUUCCUCCUCGAACAUUGACCGCGACCCCCCGACUCGGGUCCAUGGAGUCACCGUGUUCGUGUGCGGCCCGCGCCGUCUGUCCGGCGAUCUGAGGGCGCUUCUUGGUCGUCGUGUCGUCAGCGAGGAGAGACGGGUCAGGUGGUUCGAGGAGGUCUUUGGGUUUGGUGGGAGUUGA